CAUAACCUAGUAGCUGCUCUGCUUGUAUUCUGUGUUGUAUUGCAUAGGAGAGGUGUCGCGAAUGUGUUUCUGUACAGAUCUGAUUACUUCUGAUAUCUGAUAUCGCCGCACGUGAAUGCAAUCCGUCACUUCGAUAUCAUCUGUGAUGUGAUUAAGUGUGUUAAUCAAGUUUAUUGAAACAUUUGCCUUUGUAUAUUGAUGUCUUCAUCUUAGCUUGUGUACCUGCAAUCUUUGUUGGUGUUUCUAGGACAACCUCCGUUCUCAUUGAAGGCACGGCCCAUGUUGAUACCUGGUGACGUCAUCACAAGGGGGCUGUUCACCUCCGACACUUCACGCUGACAGAGGAGCACGGCAAGAUGGGGUUGGCGGCGUCUUACGCUGGACGCCUGGGACUGACCGCGUGGCGUCGUAAAUCGACGCUGCUCGGCCUCGCUGCUUGCCUGGUGCUUAUCAUCCUAUGUCUGCAAUAUAACUCAGCAUCGCGUUCUGAUUCCAAACCCGAAGACAACCCUCAAGAACCCACUUCAGGCAACGAUGAUAAAUCCCCGCUCCAGAGGACUUUACGUAACCACCAAGAAGGGAGAAACAGUGACGUAGCUAAAUUAACUAAUGAUGUCCAGGUACAUCGUCUUCCUGACCCUGAAGGCGGUGGUAACGUUUUGGAAGACGAUCCAGAUGGUUUGAAACGAAGUAUUGGUGGUGAAAAUGUUAAGUUUGUGCAGUCAGGGGGUAAGGAAGUCUUAGUGACGCCACCUCGUGAAGCGGAGGUUGCCAGGAAUCGGUUAGUGUCAAGGGCGCGUAUACCAGAGGACCAGCCCGCCCGUGAAGAGCUGUCGGCGAGGAAGGCGGCUUUGGAACAGUUCAAUGGGGAGGUGCAGAGGGCCGCUGUGGAGUUGUCGACACCUGGAGGGCAGUCGGCGGCGCAGUACAACAGUUACGACCAGCAGGGUUCUUACCAGAUGGGAAUUCCGUACAUUAACCUCGACCCCAAGAAACCUUACGUCCCUGAACAACGGCUCGUUCAUUUCGAUCUCAAAGGAGCGCCUCCAAAGGUGAGCUACUUGAAGCGUCUUUUCCCGCUGAUACGUCAGCUUGGUGCCACUGGAAUUCUGCUGGAGUAUGAGGACAUGUUCCCUUUCAGCGGAAGUCUCUCUUCGAUCGCUGCUGGUAACUGUUAUUCCCGUCGGGAUGUUGAAGACAUCCUCGCGGCAGCCCGCGGUUCCGAGCUGGAUGUCAUACCUCUGGUGCAAACAUUCGGCCACGUCGAGUUCGCCCUGAAACAUCCCGAGUUCGCUGAGCUCCGUGAGGUACCCGAAUCUCCUCAGGCACUGUGUCCUUCGUUCAACGCGUCCAUGGAAUUUGUAGAGAAGAUGAUUGAACAGGUCAUGGAACUGCAUCAGGGAAUUCGUUUCCUGCACAUCGGUUGUGACGAGGUGUUCCAGAUGGGCGAAUGCCGGCGAUGUCGCUCACAGAUGCGAGAGACCUUGUUUCUGUCGCACGUAGCACGUGUUGCCAGCUUCGUCCGUAACCGAUAUGGCUCUGUGACUCCCAUUGUCUGGGACGAUAUGCUAAGACAUCUGUCCCCUCAAAGCCUUGAAGAGUUCCAUAUCGGAGAACUCGUUGAACCCAUGGUUUGGGUGUACGCUGAAGAAGUAUAUCGCUUUGUCCCGAGUAUGGUUUGGGACAAAUUCGCGGGUGUCUUCCCUUACGUGUGGUCAGCCAGCGCGUUCAAGGGCGCCUUUGGAGAGACCCUGUACAUACCGAACGUUAAACGCCAUCUGGAGAACAAUCUUCGGUGGCUGGAGGUCAUGACCACAGAAGGACCGAAGUUCAAAGGCGGCUUCAGAGGUAUCGCCCUGACGGGCUGGCAGAGAUACGAUCACUUUGCAGUAUUGUGUGAGCUGCUGCCUGCAGCUGUGCCCUCAUUAGCUGUCAACCUACUGGCCACAAGUCAUGGUUACUUCAACCAGUCGCUGAAGAAUAAACUUCAGUCCAGUCUGGGAUGUUCGCGGACUAGCAGUUACUCGUCGACACACGCAGAAUCCAUCGUUAACCUCAACAACGACCCUUACCUCUGGGACAAAAUCGGUCGUUGUUUCUUUCCAGGUGCCCCAUUUUUCAAACUGACGUAUCGUCUACAUGCAGCAGAGAUCGAAGCUAAGGAGUUUAUCGAAUCUGUUACAAAGUCCAAGGGUUGGAUGACUGAUUAUAAUAUGCGUAGGAAGUUUUCAAGCCCUUUGAGGGUUGAUGAACUCAUGGCAGAGCAUCCCCGGGUGUACCACACUCUAACAACGCUGGCUCGAUCAGCAAGGGAAGCUUUGGAUGACGUAUUCGAUAGUUUUACCAUCGCGGAGUGGGUAGAACAGCGUAUUUAUCCAGAUAUCCAAAUGUUGGAGCGAUUACAACAUGAUUCUUCAAGUCUUAAGUCUGUUCGAACGUGGCCAAAGAGGCCUCUCCCACCUCUGAGAGAUCUCAAAAGACUGGGCGUACAAAUGCCAGAAGAUGACGUGUCAAAUAAUAACUCGACACCACAGAUAUCGGGAAAAUAGCGCCAUUGUGCAUUUUAUAUAGCUGGCUUUAUUGCUUUGAUGAUGUUACGUGAAGAUUGAGACGUCACAAAAUGGACGUCGCUCUACUUCGUGGAACAUUUUGAAGCUGUUAUGGCCACUCGCGUUGCUUGGGGGGGGCCAUUGAUUGACCUUUGCACCGAACAGAGCAACUUAUCUGAGUUAAACGAUUAAAUAUUUAUGAAGCAAAGUUUUAAUCACCGUUUUAAAAGCAAUAUAAAAUCAGUGUCGUAACAAUCAAAUGAAUUUUAUAACAAUUAUUUUUAACGAACAUGACAGGAAGAGAUUAUUUAAACGCAGAAAAUGGGAAAAAGUUAGGUUAGAAUCUCGUGUUUCUAUAAAUGUAAUUAAAAGUAUUUAAAACAGAACUGACAAAUGCUUAGAUGAUAAAACGUGAUAAAUAUUCUUAGUAUUAUCUUAGUGUAAUUGUUAAUGUGCCUAUGGACUGACGGAAAGAUUUUAAAUUAGUAUUGUUGUUGCAUGU